AUGAUGGAGGAGGAAGGAGAGUCGGUGUUGGCAGUGGGGAGUGCCGGGGAGGAGGAGGGAAGGACUCGGAAGGUUAUGGUAGCUCUAGAGUGGCCUAAUUUGGUGAAUGAUGGGUGGACCUUGGUGGAAUGUGGUGAUGCUGUUGGGGAGUGGGAGGAGGGAGGUGGACGGUACUGGGAGAAGGAGUGGACUUUCAAUGUGGAUCUUGAUGUCGCUAAGACAAUUGCGAGCGCGGUUAUGUGGGUGAACAUCACUGAUAGCUGGACGUCGGAUGAUGGGGAGAAGGAGGAGGCGGAAGCUAAGACUAAAUCAGAACGCGUUCCAGUCUACCUGGCCUCAUUAUUGAUCGGCCAACCCGCGGAGGUUCGAUCCCUGCGGACUUCCAUUUACACCGUCGUCGAGGGUGCCGGGGAGUUCCUUUCCUCGGAGCUCUAUGAUGCUCUUCGACCGAUGGUGGUUUGGGUAUCGGCUAUUAAGAGGAUCCCGCCAGGGGUACAUUUGAAGGCUGCCAGGGUUGUCUUUUGGGGACAUGAAAAGAGUCCGGCAACUCAGAAUUUGGAAUAUCCAUUUCAGAUUGCGUUCUUCCCGGGUGUGUACGCAUCUCGGCAUUAUCUAGAAGCCUGUCGGGAGGGGUCUACAGCGCCGACACUACAGCUCCUCAUGGAGGAUGAUGGGGAGGAAGAGGAGGUUGUUGUGGAGAGUAGUGGGGUGGCGGUGGUGGUUCCUCCGAAGAAUGCUGCUAGAAAGAGAACUAAUGCUGGUCGGAUGGAUGAGGUUGUUGAUUGUUCGAAGAUACUCUCGAUGAGGGGUGAGUCUCUCGGCGAGAGGAGGAGUAGGAGGCUGCCGUUAGUGGAAUGGCUAGAGCAUGGUACUACUGUUCGGUAUAGUGUGAGGACGGCGGGGCCAUUGAAGACGUUGGGUGAUUUACCAGCACCUUUGGAAGGGAUCGGCCGACUAUGUGUGGUAUAUGGUUAUAAAGUAGCUAGGGCGGGGUCAAGGGCAUUGGUGGAGUUUAUGGAGGACUACAAUAAGAGGGUGAUGGGAGGUACAUUAUCGAGGUUAGUGGAGGUGAAUGAGGAGCAGAGGAAGCGUCUGCUUACGGGAUGGCUGGUUAUGGAUAAAGAGAAGAGGAUAUGGUGUUUCGAGGGGCCCUCCGCGGUGGUGGCCGGCCUGUAUGCGUUGGUCACUACACAUGGGAGUAUACAGAGGCACGGCAGAGCACUGUAUGGAGGAUUCGUGUCGGACAGCGAGCUGGUGGGAGGGUGUCUGGGGGAUGAGGAGGAUAAGGCGAACAAGAGGAAAAUAGGUAGGGGAGUUGGUGUUGUGGAGGCCGCGGUUUAUGUUGUGAUAAACCUGUAG